UGAAAUUGUAGUCAUUUUUUGAAAAGAAAUCAAGGAAAGUAGCAAUAAAACUUAUUUCAAACAUUCCACAGACUAAAUUUUAAAAAAUUCCAAAAUGUUUACUACCGAAGUCAAGUCCCGUCUACCACAAUCCCAGCUUAAUUCUGCAAGAAAUUCCAAAAAAUUACUAAAUAAUGGACAAACAGUAAUGGCCUCUAAAAUGAAAAAUGGAAUUACAAUUUCGGCACAAAGCAAAUCUAAAUAUACACUUUCAAGAAACUCAAAAGUAGAGACUUCUAACCAGUCAUUAGUUAGUAAAAUAACAAUAGCGAAAAGAGAUAACAGAAAUACGCAACCGUUAAGAAAAUCAAAUAUACCUAUAACUUCAGUAAUUAAACCUCGGCCAGUCAGUAAAGUCCUAAUGACUUCCCGUGCUUCAUUAAACAAUAGAAAAGUUAAUAAUCGUACAAAUCAAAUGCCCACACAAGAAACAGAAAAAAACGAACCGGUACAGGAUACAAAACGUGAAAUCUCUGACAUGGCCAUACAAACAAAUGAAAGUGAAAUUUUAAAUCAUACACUGAUAAUAGGGGACCUUAAAAUUGUGGCUCCUUCUAAAUUUGUAAGUGAUGAAAUCGACAAAUUGCGACGAGACAUGGAAACCAAAAAGCUUUUAAAGACUACACGCAAUUUUGAAGAGCACGCGCUACGAGAUGAACAGCAUUUAGACGAUUUAAUAGAAUUUCUAGAUAAAAGUUUUAUAACCCGAAGACCUCACAAGCUAACAGAUAAUAAUUUAGAUGAAGAUCGCAAACUUAUUGCCUCCAUGGAUGAAUUGCUGCAGCGUGAAAGACCUAAAACAGAAUCGAUUACCGAUAUUAGAAGCCGUAUUAAACAUAAAGAACAGGAGCUUUUAAGCUUAUUUGAUCAUUUCCAAAAGAAGACAGAGCUUUUUGCCAAAACUAAUGCUUGAAAAGGUUUUUAUGAAAAAAACUAGAAUAUUGUUGAUUUUUCUUGCUUUAAUGUUUGGUAUAAUUUUGAUUAUUUUUAAUGAAAUUACGUUUUAUUUAUUUAGAAUUUUAAAUUGAGUUUAAAAAAAUGUUUUAUUGGUAAAAAAUUAAUAAAAUCUUUGUUAAAAUUAUCA